AUGCAGAUGAGCUGCUUCAUCAUGGUGGGAUCCAUGGUGGGAUCUUACUUUGAGGAAAUCAACAAGGAUCCCAAUAUUCUGUCAAACAUGACUAUUGGAUUCCAGAUGUAUGACACCUGUAAUAUACCUCACUAUGAAUUACAAGGGGCUUUACAGUUCCUGACUGACUCUAGUAGAACUAUCACCGACAACCAGUGUAAUUCUAGACUACUGUUCUCUGCCGUUAUUGGGUCCACAUUUUCGGUCAAUUCCAUCAUCUUGGCUCAUGUUUUGGGGUCCUUCAGAUACCCACAGGCUUACGCAGCUGGAGUGACCAUGGGAGGAAGUGAGAAUAAGAUCAACCUCCACAUCAAUGAAGAUCGGUUGAGCUCUUUUUCCCAAGAGGCAAUGUAUCCUGGUCUGAUCCUCAGCCGCGCCCGUCGGCAGGCUUCCAAGGCAGUGGAUAACUUCUACUCCUUGUCUGUGAGUGAAGUCAAUGAUUCUUCAAAGUCUGUCAGUCCAUUUUCCAGUGUUUCCCUUUUAAGUAACAGGAAAAUGUUUCCAUCCUUCUUCAGGACUUUCCCGAAUGACAAGUUCCAGUCUAAAGGAAUAGCUGAGCUUAUUCUCAGCUUUGGCUGGACCUGGAUUGGUCUUGUAGCUACGGACACUAAUUAUGGCCUUCAGGGAAUUCAGCCAAUAAGGGAAGAAAUAGUCAAGGCUGGAGCGUGUGUGGCCUUCAUGGAAUAUAUUCGCCUUGGCCAACCUGAUUACAAUGCCCCAUAUGUAGUAAAGACCAUAAAAGAGUCCACAGCUACAGUUAUAGUUGUUUUUGCUAUUGGAGUUGAUUUGGUUCCUAUUUUGAAUGAGAUGGUGAAGCAGAAUGUCACAGGAAAGAUUUUCAUUGGGAAUUUGGAUUGGGCCAGGUCUUUGUUAUUGUCCAUAAGUGCUUAUUCUACUAUUUUAUCUGGUAGUCUAAAUUUAGCCUUCAAUGAUUAUGUUGUCCCAGGAUUAAGACAAUUUCUGGCCAAGAUAGAUCCAUCUACAUCUAUAACAUCACAGUGGACCAGGAUGUAUUGGGAGACAGUGUUUAACUGCAAAUUUCUUCCUGAGAAUCAAACUAUUUCUUCAGAGAACCCAGUAAAGAUAUGUACGGGAUCAGAACGUCUAGAAGAUAUUAAGAACAAUUCCAGCUAUAUGGCUGGCUUGCAAUUGAGUUAUGCUAUGUUUGCUGCAGUCCAAGUCAUAUCCACAGCGUUAGAUGAUCUGAAAAGCUGCAAAAUAGAUGAAGGACCAAUUUUUAAUGGGACCUGUCCAAACAUUUGGAACUUUAACCCAUGGAAGCUCACUUACUAUAUACGGAGGGUCCGGCUUAACAUUAAUGUGGAGAAUGAGAAAUAUUUUGAUGAGAAUGGGGAUCCUCCUGGAGUCUACCCCAUCAUUAACUGGCAGCUGAAGGCAGACGGGACCCUGACACAGAUUAAGAUUGGCGGCUAUAACAGUAAAGCCCCUUCUUCUCAGACUUUGACCAUGGAUACAAGUCUGAUUGCAUGGAAGCUGGGGAGUAAACAGGUCCCUUCCUCAGACUGUAGUGACAGGUGCAUCAUGGGAUUCAGGAAGGCUCCUCUGCAGGGGAAACCGACAUGUUGUUACGCCUGUGUUCCAUGUCUACAGGGGGAGAUCUCAAAUCAGACAGAUUCCUUGAACUGCUUCAGAUGUCCAUGGGACCAAUGGCCAAACCCUGAAAAAUCCAGAUGCCUUCCUAAACCCACAGAGUGCCUGUCUUAUGAAGAUAUAUUAGGAGCCAGCUUAGCUGCUAUCAGUAUAAUGUCUUCGAUAUUUCCUGCUCUUAUUUUAAGGCUUUUUUUCAGUCGCAGGAGCACUCCACUUGUGAAAGCCAGCAAUUACUCCCUAAGUUGUCUUCUACUCAUGUCCCUCAGUCUCUGCUUCUUCUGCUCCUUAGGAUUUAUUGGUUACCCUGAUCCUGAUAAAUGUCUUCUACGUCAGGUGUCUUUUGGUCUGGUAUUCACUCUCUGUGUUGCAUGUAUAUUGGCCAAGACGAUCAUGGUGGUUUUUGCUUUCAUGGCCACAAGACCUGGGAGCAGUCUAAGAAAAUGGACCAACCUAAGAGUCUCCUACUCAAUCAUUUCUAUCUGCGUCCUUCUACAAUUAUUAUUGUGUAUCACUUGGAUAUCAGUGGCUCCUCCAUUCCCACAAUACAACACUGAAGAUAAACCAGAACUUAUUAUAGUUGACUGUAAUAAUGGGUCACCCAUCGCCUUCUGGGCCAUGCUGGGCUAUCUAUUUCUUCUGGCUACUAUUAGUUUUAUAGUGGCCUUCUUGGCAAGAAAACUUCCAGACAGUUUUAAUGAAGCCCAGUUUAUAACAUUUAGUAUGUUGGCCUUUCUGUGUGUUUGGAUAUCUUUUAUUCCAGCCUAUCUCAGUGCCCAGGGUAAAUAUACAGUCGCCAUGGAGGUAUUCGCCAUCCUGGCAUCUAGUUGGGCAUUGUUGAUUUGUAUGUUUUUUCCCAAAUGUUUCAUUUUACUGUUCAGACCAGAGAUGAAUUCCAAAGAAUAUCUCACAAUGAGGAAUAAGGAUAAAGAAAGCAGAUAA